GGCCCGCUGCUUCCUGGGCUUCCUCCUUCUCGCUCCGCCGCCCUGCUGCCCUCCGGCCCCGCCAGCCCGCUGCGUGUGACUGCCUGGCUCCGCAGCCCGCGUCCCGGUCCUGCCUUGCUGGUUUCGUGUGUAUGCAUGUGUGCGGCCUCGGUUUGGUUGCCCUCUCUGCGCCUCAGGGUUCAUCCCUAAUAGGGUGAUGCUAAGCUACCAGGGUGAAGAUGUCAACCGGACACUUGAAGGUGGGAGGAAGCCUCUUCACUAUGCAGCAGACUGUGGGCAGCUUGAGAUACUGGAAUUUCUGCUAUUGAAAGGAGCUGAUAUUAAUGCUCCAGACAAACACAAUAUUACACCACUCCUAUCAGCAGUCUAUGAGGGCCAUGUUUCCUGUGUGAAAUUGCUUCUGUCAAAGGGUGCUGAUAAGACUGUGAAAGGACCAGAUGGACUAACUGCCUUUGAAGCCACUGACAACCAGGCAAUCAAAACUCUUCUUCAGUGACGGAUGGACUGUUAUCUUAUAUGUCUCUCCUGUGGCCUCACACUGCUGCCUGUCUGUCACUCUUUGCAUCUUCCAGCUUCUUCAGCUAAAUACUUCGGGGGGAGGGAAAUUCUUGAUGAAUCAGACUAGUUAGGGGCCUGUAUCAAAGAUGGUUGUUUUGGAGAGGGUUGAAAACUAUUAUGAACAAUGUUGCUCUAGGACUUCUUUUCAGUGCACAAUCUCUUCCCGUCUCUAGUGAAAACAGAAGGAGAAAGACCAUGAUUUCGAAUUCUUGGCUUGCAAUCUGCCUAUGUUAGUACUAAGGUUUCCAUUGAAAGAUUCCCUUAGAUGGAAGUACUGUUCUAUGUACUUGAAACUAAUUGUGAAGAGGACAAUAGUCCCAUGCUAUUAGUGUCUGCCAUAAUCUGAAGUGUAGUAAUGUAGGUGACUGGGUUGCUUUUCUCUCUUUUCUCUGUGGGUAGCUUUCUUCUUCUGACUAAAGCUUGUGUUGCAGUUUUGUGGACUUCUGAUACUAGUUAUUGGAGCAGGUCUUUUUAUUGACUAAUUGGAUGUCACACUAAUGCUUUUCUGACUCUUGAGUAAUCCAGGAAAGAUGACUUAAGGUAUGGUGUUAUUACACUCCAGAAUAUCUGCUAAUGUACUUCUGGAGGUGUGAAUUUGAGGUUUUUCUUCCCUUUGUGUAUUCUACUCCAGGGUAGAGACUUAAAAUAACUGUUGGAGAGAGUUAAAAAUAUCAUUGUGCUUACCUUUUAAAAGGACUGUAUGAUGGAAUUUCCUUACCAUGUCAGCAUAAAAUCUACAGAUGUUUAUGAAAGUAUCAAGCUUUUUGGUACACAAAGAUAAUCAAGUUGUGCGAAAUGAACAGUAAUUACUUAGACAUUCAUGUCAGGUGCAUACUGUUGCUGAACUUCUCUGGUAACCAUUUGAAUUACUUGUAAACUCUCUAAGUUGAGAUGUUAGAAAGACAAGUCAAAGACUUAACUUGCUAUUAUUACUGGAGAAGACAAAACUAUUAAUUGUGGAUACCUUUGAAUUAGUAUUUCAUAGUUUGCUGAAGAAAUGUUAAUACUCAUUAUUAAAGUAUGGGGCUUUUUCUGAAAGUUCCCACUGCAACCACACCACAUGAACUAUUGUUUUUUAGUUAUUUUACCACUAAAUAUGACAGUACUAGGACAGCUGUGAUGGAAGAUAUUUAAAAAUUGUGGUAGAGAUUCCUGUCACAUCCUACAGUCCUCAGGAAUGUCAGAUUGUGGCUUUCAUCUUGAGAAUUUUCUCUAGACUGCUGAUUCACCCAAGUCUGAAUAACAGAUUUUAUUAAUGAAAAACAUAUGCCACGAACUUAAACAUCUUCCUUUAUUUGGAAUACAGAUUUCAAACUUUCUGAUAACAUACAGAAUACAGAAGACAAUGUAUAUAAUAUCUCAUGCUGAAUUCUUAAAAGUAGCAGAUAUUACUUUGAUAUCACUGUUGAAAUUGAGAGGGUAUGUAGAAAUAGGCUGGUGACUACCACUCGUAAAUAUUUAAUGGAGACUUAGUUUUACUUGAAUCUUGUUGCAUAUUAUUAUUAUUGAAUGUCUCAGAUAUAAAAAGCCUUGCAUUUAGAUUGUAAAAUGAGAGCAGAAACUGAUUUGCAUGUACACAUCCCAUAAGAAAAGCAAUGGAGAAAACAAUCAACUCUGGCCAUAAACUGUACAGUGCAAUUACUCUUUGCUUCUUGGUUAUGGAUGACCGGAAGAGCAGAAGGACUGGAAGUCAGUGAUAAAGUAAAUUGGUGAGCUGCUGAUAAAAGAUGAAGUAUGUUUGGUGAACAGUGCUUUCAAUGACUAUUUAAAGAACUCUUUAAUCUUAUCUCUGAUCAGUGCUUAAUUGUCAUGUCAUUGUAAUAGUGUGAACACAAAAUAUAGGUUUAACUUUUUAUUCAGCUAUGAAAGUAACCACCUUUGGAUUAAAUUUGCCUCCAUGUUACGCUAUUCAAUACUUAGCUGUUGAAGUACUAGUCUAGAAAACUGCAAUCUGUUUUUACGUGGAAAACCUUGAUUAUUCAAAUUCUUUUCUGUUAAUUAGUGUCAAGUUGUCUGGUUAUAGUGUUUUUGAUAUUUUUUUUUCCCUGUAUUCUUUACUGCCCUUCCCUUCAACUCACUUAAGUGAGUAUUAUCACAAUAAAGAAACACCAUCUUUGUACUAGCUCUUGUGGUGAUUCACUGAGGUAAUUUUGCCUCUCUUUUUCUACAGCUAUGUGAACACCUUAUUUUUUCUUACUUCAUUUGAGGGGAAAAAAAUGCAAACAAACUUCAGUGAGACAAAUAUUAAUGAGGCUAUAGUAUACACCCAAGCUGCCUUUCCCGAUAGUUAAAAGAUGGCAUUUACUGUUUGACUGUAAAGAAGAAAUACUUUUCCUUUUGCAUUUCAUGAAAAGUGAUUGAUAGUUUUGCCCAGGAUGUUAAAAAAUAAAAAAUGAAAAAAAAAUUAUUUUAUAAUUCUCUAGAAGCUGAGCUUGUUCAUUCAUUCCCUUUUUGUUAGCUACAUUGUGGGGGGGAAAAAAAUGAUAGGUGGCUGCCUGUAUCUUUGAAAAGGUCCUAACUAGAUGGAAAUACCAAAUUAAAUCAUUUUCCUUUUUUUAAACAGCAUUUAAAUACAUUGUCAGACUGGAUUCACAUAUGUUUGGAAGAUCACUGUUCUUAAACCUUUUCCUUUGAAAUUUGUGCUAAGUUACAACCUAAAAUGUAUUUUGGAUUUUGUGCCCUCUGCUCCUUGUUGUUAAGGGGAGCAAAUGGGAAAAAUGAUGUGGUAGCUGAAUAAAACUUUAUCUUCAAAUAUAAUACUGAAAUAUUAGCAGAAGAGGCUGAUAAGAGUGGAGUGUCUUAGGUCAAGCAAUUGCAGUGUUGCAUGCAAAAUUUCAAGAUGAACUUGUCUUAAUUAUAUUUUGUAAAUGGAUAAACAUCUUUCUACGCAGUGAUGGAAGAAAAGUAGUGCUUCGUGCAUUUUGAUAUUUGACUUCCUCUUUUCACCAUUGUUACCUGUUUUGACACAAUUGGGCUCAUUAUCAUGGUUCAUAGACAUCAGAAUGCAAAAUGAUACUGUAUUUUUAAGUUUGUGUUGCAAGAAUGAAUGGAAUAAACUUGAAUUGUGCGA